GCACUUUUUACCAAGAGGAUGGCGUCAAUCGAGCAAGCAGGUAUCUUCAGCGCCCUCGAGUACUUGGCGUCGCUGGCUGCCAAGUCCAACUACGACUCGGAGAACGUCGAGGUGGGUGUGCAGUGCCUCAAGGAGGCGUUCAACGUCGACCCUGCGAGCGCAGCGACGAAGCAGGCGCUUGGCCUUGGCCAGCAUCAGUUUGCCGACAUCUUUGCCGCUGGCUGCAAAGCGCUUCACAUUUCGUUUGAAGCUGCGGCGCCUGCCGCGCCGGAAGACCCGGUCAUCGCUGCGAACCCGGCGCUGUGGCAAAAGUGGGUCUCGAAGCUUGAGACCAAGGGUUUCUUCGCGGGCGUCCAGAAGGGCACGCCGGAGUACAACCAGCUCUACCAAAAGGCGCUCGGCAAGUUCAAAGAAAAGUUCGAGGCCAAGCCGACGCUCUCCAAGGAGCAGAAGGAGGCCAAGGCCGAGGAGCUCAAGGCGAGCGGCAACGCGGCGCUGACGGCCAAGGACUACACCAAGGCCGCGGACCUCUACAAGCAAGCGAUUUCGUUUUCGGCUGACGGCCCCAACUCGCACAUCUACUACUCGAACCUCGGCGCCGCCCAAAUGUACUUGGAGGAGUACGAAGACGUUGUGGCGUCGUGCGAGAAGGCCAUUGCCAUCAACCCCAACUAUGGCAAGGCCUACUCGCGUCUCGGCUCGGCGUACGUCCAGCUCGAGGACUUUGACGCUGCGAUCGAUGCCUACCAGCGCGGCCUUGAAGUCGACCCGACCAACGCUGCGUGCAAGGCCGGUCUCGCCGAAGCCAAGGGCAAGAACCAGCGUCUUCAGCCGACGACGCGCGAGGCGCCUGCGGCCGGUGGCAUGCCUGGCGGUAUGCCCGGCGGUAUGCCCGGCGGUAUGCCCGAUCUGAGUGCGUUGGCGGGCUUGAUGGGCGGUGCUGGUGGUGCCGGCGGCCUCGCGGGCCUCAUGAGCAACCCUGCGAUGCAGCAGAUGGCGGCGCAGAUGAUGCAAAACCCGCAGAUGAUGUCGAUGGCCCAGAACAUGAUGCAGAACCCGGCCAUGAUGAGCCAGAUGAUGGGUGCCAUGGGCGGUGGCGGCGGCGCGGGUGCCGGUGGCAUGCCGGACCUCAGCUCGAUGCUCACGCCCGAAAUGAUGGAGUCGUUCCGGACCAACCCGCAGGUGAACGCAAUGCGUGGCGACCCCGACAUGGCCGACUUCUUCCGCGACAUGGACGCAGGCGGCCCGCAGGCGGCGAUGCGGCACAUGUCCAACCCUGCCGUGGCGGCCAAGCUCCAGACCUUGCUCGGUGGCAUGAUGUAAGCCGACGUAAUGAGA